CCGUGCGAGCGCAGACGAGCGGAGAGGCCAGGAGGGCUGGCGGGCACGGCUGGGCACGAUAUGUCUGCUGCAAGUGCCAAACCUGUCCCAUCUGCACCACCUUCUUAUGAGGAAGCUGUAGGAAUCAAUGUGAACUAUCCUCACCCCUAUCCUGUCCCUGGCCCUGGACAGACACCAGAUGGGAAGGGAACCAACCUUCCCCCACACAUGGGACAGCCUCCACCAGCAAGUAACCCCAUUACUGUUCAGACGGUGUACGUGCAGCAGCCAGUAAUGUUCUAUGACCGCCCAGUUCAGAUGGUCUGCCCUUCCUGUAACCAGGUGAUAGUAACCCGUCUCUCGUAUGACUCUGGAGCUUUGACCUGGCUGUCAUGUGGUGGCCUCUGCCUGCUGGGGUGUAUAGCAGGCUGCUGCUUAAUUCCCUUCUGCAUUGAUGCCCUAAAGGAUGUGGAUCACACCUGUCCGAAAUGCAGUGCUCUUGUUGGCUCUUACAAACGUUUAUAGCCAGUGUUUAUACAUUGAUUGAUGAAGUUGUUUAGCACCUCUACAAGCCCUCUCUGAAGCUUUAUGGAGACUUUCCAUUUUUCUGUGCAUCCUGUCACUGGAAACGAAUAAAAAGUAAUCUUUAUUGCUAGAUGGUUUGAAUACACAAUUGCUUGAGAGGAGGAGUCUCACUUAGGUCUGUGAAAAGCAUACCUAGUCUGUAUGGGCCACUCAGUCCAGCACCAAUGGAGAGCAAUGGAGUGUUUCCCUUUUUGCUUAACACAGAACAGGUUGGUGAUAUUCUUCAGUUAAUCUUGUCUCAGGCAUGAUGCACAUUGUGCUUGCAUUGAGACUGUAAAGUCUCAGCACAGAACAAGAGGAGGACAGAAGGACAUGUAUGGAGAAUUAU